UUUCACUAGCUGGUCCCUAGAGAUCAAUCAUGGGUGUGUUCACAUUUAAUGAUGAGUACAGUUCCCCCAUUCCUGCGGCGAGAUUGUUUAAGGCCUUGAUUGUGGACUCCCAUAACCUCAUCCCCAAGCUCAUGCCUCAAGCUAUCAAGAGCAUCGAAAUCGUCCAAGGCGACGGAGGAGCUGGAAGCAUUAGGCAAAUCAAUUUCACUGAAGGUAGCCAACUCAGCCACAUGAAGAACCGAGUAGACGAGCUGAACGAAGAGACAUUCACAUAUAAGUACACAUUGAUCGAAGGCGGUCCAUUGAUGGAAAAGUUCGAAUCUAUUGCUUACGAAGUUAAGUUCGAGCCAACACCGGACGGCGGGAGCAAGAACAAGAUGACCAGCACGUACUACACCAAGGGCGAUUUUGAGCUCAAAGAAGAAGACAUCAAAGCCGGCAAAGAGAGAGCCUUAGGAAUGUACAAAGUCGUCGAAGCAUACCUCUUCCAAAACCCUGAUGCUUAUGCUUGAUUCCGGAAGUUCUUCUCUCAAAUAAAUUUGGAAGUACUCGUGGUACUUUGUGUCUUCCAUAGUAAGUGUUUGGCUUGUUUUUUGGUGAUGGACAUGAUCGUCCUCUUGAGUGUGGAUGGCAAUAAGGAUACAUACUUUGUACCU